AUGAAAUCAAGAACAGAUAAUGACCUAAGUGCGCCAUUAAUGGCCGGUUUCACCAAUUCAAAUAAUCUAGAAUUGGUUGAAUUUCCAGGAUAUACUUCAUAUCAUGAAACAAAAUGUUGCUGUUGUAAAAAAUACACAAUUCAUCCGAGUCGUGAAGUAUUCUUUGGCCAUUGGAAAUUCUCAUGGUUUGCACCAUUAUCAGUACUUACACUAAUCCUUUCAAGCUAUAUUUACAAUUUAAUUGUAAUACUUUACAAUUUACCAGACGUGCCCAAAUUUAUAUGCGGUAUUAUUCUUUCUUUAAUAAUGAUAUUAUAUAUUUGGAGUUAUUUUUCAAUUAUUAUUAUCGGACCUGGUUAUUUUCCUUUUUAUUACUCAGGCAUUGCAUCAAAGAAGUUAACUACCCCAUUCCCUCCAGGAGUUUCAGGUGUUAAUGAUAGUCCUGCAGGUUAUAUUUCGAAUUCUGAACAGCAUUUGUAUGCAACUACUAAUAUCAAGCCAAAUCGAUCUAUUCUUGCCAAAUCAGCAAGAAGAAUAAUCAUUAGACCAGAUCAUAUGUGCGUAUGGGCAGCUUCCUGGAUUGGAAAACUUAAUAUGAAAAGUUUUAUUUUAUUUACAAUGUAUGGAUUCAUUUACUGCUUAGUUUUGGUUGGAAUAACAAUUGCAGGAGCAAUUAUACAAAGAAAAUCCAUUGUUAAACUCGUAUUUAACAUUUUAUGGAUUCUUGUUGGCUGCGGAUUUGGUUAUUGGCAAUUUAGCUUGUCACUGCAAUCGAUUAUUAAUAUGAGAAAAGGCAGAACAACGUGGGAAAUUUGGAAUAAAAUUGAUCCACUUAAAUUUGAUCGAUCUGUUAAAGAAAACGUUGCAGAUGUAUUUGGAAAGAAUCCUGGUUUGUUUGGAUAUAUAUUCCCAACAAAUCCUUUCAAAGGUUUAUCAAAUCUCGAAUUAGUCGAAAAAUAUGCAAACUACUAUACUGCAUAA